AUGGGUUCCAUCAAGGGUUUGAACCUGAAGAAGCGGCUGGGGAAGAAGCAGAAGCAAAACCGCCCCAUUCCCCACUGGGUGCGGAUGAAGACAGACUGCAAGAUCAAGUACAACUGCAAGAGGCGCCACUGGAGGCGCACCAAGCUCGGCAUGUAA